AUGAGAGCAUCCUCGGUUCUAGGAUUUCAGCAGACAGCGGCAGCCAGCUUGAGAAGACCUUGGCAAACCUUUAGGGAUGGUCAGAUAUGGUACGGUAACACCAAGUCAGGGUCCAAAAGACAUCCAUUGUACACAAAACUGGGCAAUAAAAAUUUUUACAAAGGCACUCGCUCGUCUGGUAUUGGCUCAUUGACGAAACAUGCUAAGUAUGUUGUCAACUGGGAUAAGGUGAGAACGUACGUUGUUCCAACGGAUUUGGCCACCACUGAUCUCAAGCCCUUGGUUUCUAAAGAUGUACCAGAAAUCAUGCAAAAGACCCCCGGUUACCCAGACAGUUUCAAAAACCCCGAGCUCGCUUGGAAUAGCAUAAAGGACUUCAUCGAACAUGGAGAGAACUAUUUUGAUGUUGAUUUAGAAAAGAGCAACUACUUGGAGGAAUAUGUCAACCCCAAGCUUGCCAAACAAGCAGUUGAACAGAAUAAUGUCAUUGUCAAGGAUUAA